UCCUCUUCCGGGAACAUGGCUGCAGCUCACACAGUGAAGGUUGGGAUUAUUGGAGGUUCAGGACUAGAUGAUCCAGAUAUCCUAGAAGGAAGAACGGAGAAAUAUGUUGAUACACCGUUUGGCAAGCCCUCAGAUGCCUUGAUUCUUGGAAAAAUAAAAAAUGUGGACUGUGUGCUUCUUGCAAGACAUGGCAGGCAGCAUACUGUAGCACCAACAAAUGUGAACUUCCGUGCCAAUAUCUGGGCAUUAAAAAUGGAGGGAUGUACUCAUAUUUUGGUGACCACAGCUUGUGGGUCGCUUAAAGAAGAGAUUCAGCCUGGGGAUAUAGUUGUAGUUGACCAAUUUAUUGACAGGACCACUAAACGGGAUCAAACAUUUUAUGAUGGGAAAACUUCCUGUCUUCCUGGAGUUUGUCACAUUCCAAUGGCAGAACCUUUCUGUGGCAAAACAAGGGAGGUUUUAAUAGACAUUUCCAAGAAGCUUGGCAUUAAAUGCCAUUGUAAGGGCACAAUGAUUACAAUAGAAGGACCACGCUUUAGUUCUAAAGCAGAAAGUCUCAUGUUUCGCCUAUGGGGAGCUGAUGUUAUCAAUAUGACCACUGUACCAGAAGUAAUACUUGCCAAAGAAGCUGGAAUCUGUUAUGCCAGUAUUGCUAUGGCAACGGAUUACGAUUGCUGGAAAGAGCACGAAGAAGCAGUAUCUGUGGACAGAGUAUUGAAGACAUUAAAAGAAAAUUCCAAUAAAGCAACAAGCAUCCUUCUAAGUGCUAUUCCUCAAAUAGCAGCCAUGGAUUGGACUGACACUCUUAACAGCAUGAAGAGCACAGUACAGCUUUCAGUUAUGUUACCAAGACACUGAUUUCUUUUCAAUGAAAAAUGUAACAGAUCAGCAACUGGGAAAGUCAGAGUCUGCACCAAAGUCUACUUUAGCAGGACUUCUAGUUCAUUUAAACUCUUAUUGUCUUGCAAAUUACUGACGAUACAUAAUGAUAUAUUUUAUACAUGCUACAGAUAAACCUUCCAUGCAUAUAUAUAUAUGGCUGACCGGUUUCUUUAGUUGAAAAACAUUUAAACAAGCACAUCGUAAGAUGUGUUAAUACGCUUAUUCAGUCACAUAUUGUUGCUUGAGUAAAUCUAUAUUACCCUGCCUGUCUUGGAAGAAAAGUAAAUGCCAAUAUGUAAAACUACUCAUAAAUGUUUGAUCAGUAGCAUGUCAAGGCACUGACAUUUUUUAAUAAAUAGUGCAAGUUAGAAAUCAAGUUGUAUGUGCCUUGGGAAUCUUUCCUCUAGUGUUCGCUCUCUCAACUGAAGAGGAGCUCAACCAGCCUUAUACAUUAUAGGUUUCUGCAGACAUUAGGCACUCACAUUUCCUAUCAGUAUUUCAUGAAAGCAUGUUUUAAGCAUGCAGAACAUUUAGCAUGAACAAAAAAAAUCAAUCUCAAGUUUAGAGAUAUUGUAUUUUAUAGAGCAUAGGUCACAGCCCUACAUUCACUUCAUUUCAUGACAUUCACAGUAGAGGAGCAGUCAAUAUUGCAAUAUGAGUUUGGAGAGUGGAGUAAUUGCUGACUAAUAAAUCCAGUCACCUUCAUCCACCAAAAAAAAACUCCAUAUGCAUUUGAGCUGUUAUGCACAAUAAAUGACUUUUCAAAAGA